CUGGAAUUCCUUUCAUAUCUGUAUUCACACAUUUACCGGCUUCACGAAACACACACAAUGAAGCACUGUGGGUCGGUGUACGCACACCGGGGGCUCACCGUGUGAGCCGCGCGCCAAGAAGGGCGUGAAUGAGAAUUUUUCAAACAGAAUCGUUUCCUCUUUUGCUUCGUCUAUCUCCAAUCUUUUCUCGAGAAGGGUGGAACUUUGCGUAUUCGGAAACCUGCUCUCUUCUCAGCAUGGCUUCGAGAGUUGCAGACACCGCAGGCCGGAAGAGCCUCGCGCGUCCAUGCUUUUCUCUCCGAUUUUCUGCACAUCCCUUCCCUCUUUCCUCUUAUCCUCUUUCGUCUCCACAAGUUUUUCCGCCCUCUCACUGCAUGCGAGGUGCACCGUCUUCAGCUGACGCUUCACACUCGAAAACGGACGAAAGAGCAAGUGCCAGAGCCUCUCUCCGGCCCCCCUCCUCUUCGUCUUCUUCUUCUCUUUCUUAUUCUUCUGUGUUUUCUACUUCUUUGUCCACUGCCUCUGUGCAGAUAUCUCCGCAUGCAUUCGCUUCUCUCUCUGUCGAAGUCUCCAGUGAAUCUGGAGUUCCGUUUUCCUCUGUACGGACGCCUCUUUUUGGCGUCGACCAGAGAUGCAAAGAGAAUCAGACGCGACAAAAGAAGCGUCUCGAAAUGCAUCUUUCCGUCGUUCAGAGAAGCGGUUCUUCGAGAGGCUUCGCUUCACACUGGAUGUGCGGUGUAUGUACACCCCGUGUAGAUAGCUGGCGGUCGGGCUGCGAGCCUCGCUGUCGCUUCCUUGGUUCUUCUUCCUCUCUGUCGGCGAAAGAGGAAGAGGUAUCCUCUGUUUCUUCGUCGUCUGCUUCUUCGUCUUCUUCUGCACCUUCAGACAGGUUCCGCUCUGCAGUUCACAGAGAAAUGAUUGUGGCGAUGACGAGAACGCACUUGCAGAAUCUUCUUCUCAAACGCUUCGGGACGUUCAAGACGCAGGAGUGCCGCAUUCUAGCGAGUCCAGCGUUUUCGGCGGUUGUGCUCAAGGCCUGGGCGUCUGCGGUGGUCGACGCGAAUCUCCGGUUAGAUGGAGAAGGCGCCAUGCGGCUCGCGUACGCGUCGCCUCCUCCAGCCGUGCUCUCCGAUCCGAAAGUCAAAGAGCUCGUCGCGUCGGAUCCCGAGGCGGCGUGGAUGCUGAAGAAGCUCUCCUGUCAGAGCGUCGCGUCCUUCGCCUCUUCGCUGCCUCGGGAGGAGGAGGCGUUGGAGGAAGUCGUCCGCGUGAAGCAGAAAGACAACGUUCCGCAGCCUCACUUUCCAUCUGUGCUGAAAAUGGAUCAUCCCCAGUUCCCGUACGAGCCGCACGAACUGGAGAAAAUGCGAGACCUCUACGGCGUCCUCCUCAAAUGGCCAUACAGAGAGCAGGGGCAAGUCGCAAGCGUCGCGGCGCGACGAGCAAGCUUGGAGAGCAAGCGCGAAGAACGCUUGCGGAAGGGAGAAGUCACAGAAGAAGCAACGCAAGAGGACGAAACAGAGGUAGCGGGUCAACUGAAAGUGACCACAGGGUGCAGCGACAGCUACGUCUACGCACCGAGUGAAAUGGAGACCGGCCUGUACAGAGAACACUGAGCCGAGACGAGUCGACGACGUUUCUUCUUUGCGGUGCCAGUCGUUCUCGAUGCUCUGAAUCAGGACGAGAGGCCGAUGAGGCGAGGAAAGACAGCGACACGUCUGGAGAGAGAGAGAGAGACCCCCGUAACUCUGUGGAGGACCGAUGACACUUCAGCCAAAAGGACUCAAAAAAACUCCAAGGUGAAUUUCAAUUCAGAGCACAGCAGUAAAAGCUCUCGUACGCAGCGAGCUGAACAGACACAAGGCUGUUGACGAAGACGCCUGGCUUCGUGCGCCCCGCAAAAGGGCGGCAGAAAAGAAAAAAAUAAAUAAGAGCGAAAGGUAAAAAACCGACGCAAAACGCAGCUGCAUGCAUGCCGUGACAUCUGCUUUCCCUGAACGUCUCUGUGCCUCAAAAAGUGGAAGCAACGUGAACGCAUGCGCCAGCGUUUCUUCAAGCCUUUUCUCUCCCGUUGUUCACUCGGCUCCAGGAGGACCGGGCGACGCUUCUGAGCAUCGUCGGACUUGAAGAGGGUGAGACGCACUAGCAAAAGAGAUUCUUGUCUGCGUUCAACUCCGCAGCCGGAGUUUCGAGGGUGACAGACGCGUAGAAAAGCGACGCCGUUUCUCUCGUCGAGCACCAAAGCAGAAGAAAACAGGCGCUCUGGAGAAGAUCCACUGGCAAAGAAGCUGGGCAACCCAGCGACGAUCAAGGACGUGAUGGGUGCACUGAAAGAUCUGUUUCUAUCAGCAACAGCUCUUUAUAUGUCUCUCUGGAAAGGAGACAAUCCACAGAAAUCCAGCCGAUGCGUCACUGCUCCUCACGCAACGCAAAAGCGCAAAAGUACCCGAGGCAGAGGGAG